UUGGACACAAGAUAAAGAUGAUUGAAUAACAAGUAAGUUUACGCCGUAAAAUUUAUUUAAAACGUAUUGAUCCCGCUUACGGUGUCGGAAAAAUCGAUAAUUCUUUUUUAUUUUGAGGUUAUGCAAACGUCACUCUUAACAAUUUACAACCGGCGAUAUUAGAUAAUUUAUUUUAACUGAUCUACCAGGGGGACACGUUUAAUUUUUUUCGUACGAUGUCCCAAAAAAACCUGGCUAUUUUCGAUUUUGAUCAUACAAUUAUCGAUUUAAAUUCCGACAUCGUAAUUAGGGAUUUAAUUCCAACUGAUGAUAUUCCCAAUAACGUUAAGGAACAGUAUAAAAGUGAUGGGUGGACUGCCUAUAUGCAAGGAAUUUUUAAAUUGUUACAUGCAAGAAAAGUGGGUGAAAGCGUUAUGAAGGAAAUUAUUGAAGGUAUUUUGCCUUUAAAUGGAAUGGAUGGAUUGUUGAUGUGUUUAAAAAGAGAUUAUAAUACUGAUAGUAUUAUUGUAAGCGAUUCAAAUUCGUAUUUUAUUAAUACUUGGUUAAAAAAAUACAAAUUGGAAAGUUGUGUUGAUGGUGUUUUUACAAAUCCAGCUCAUUUUGACGAAAAUGGUUUGUUAAAUAUUGAAAUGUAUCAUUUGCAAACUGAUUGUAAUUUAAGUACGAAGAAUUUGUGUAAAGGAAGGAUUAUGGAGGAAUAUUUAGAGGCUCAGGAGAAGAAUGGAGUUAUUUAUGAUAAAAUUAUUUAUUUUGGGGAUGGUUUUAAUGAUAUUUGCCCUAUUUUAAGACUUAAAAAAAGUGAUUUGGCUUGUGUUCGUGAAAAUUAUAAAUGUGCAAGUUCAAUUAGGUCUAUUAAACAACAUAAACCUAUUGAUUCUAGUGGAAAAAUUUAUUAUAUAAAAUGUAAUGUGUUUUAUUUUAAUUGUGGUGAUGACAUUUUAAAUCAUUUGAAAGUUUUUUUGUAAAUAUUUUAUACAUGG